UCUUUUUCAUCUCUCUAAUAGCAUUAUUUAUUUCAGUUUUACCAUUCCUUUAUAUAUAAGGUCUACCAUACCCAUAAUGCAUCUCUCCAUUACUCUUUGAGUGAUCUUCAAUUGCAGUUGUUCAAAGACUGGCAAUUUAAAAUAUGCAGUCAUGUAUUAUCAGUGGAAGAAUGCUAUUAGUUUGAAAAUGCCUUUGUUACAGGAUGAAGCUUGGGAUUAUUAAAAGCAUAGUUUCCUAAAGAUCAUCAGACUGACUCUUCCCCUGUUCAAUUUCAGAUCAAGCUCAUUAGCCAUGUCUAAUGAUCAUCCAAAAUACAUGUAUUCAUGGACUAGCUCCAAGGGUUUUCUCUACAUAAUAGCAAAUCAUUAUCUGAAAAAUAAGAAUUCUUCACUCACUAGACUUUUACUAAUUAGGACAUCUUUUAUGAGUGAUUAUGGCAGUCAAAUAGAAGGUUCUCACAAUCAGCACAAUGUUAUCUGCCAAUGGGAGCAUCUGGAGGACCUUACCAAACAGAAUCCCUCUUCUACAUGGACUCUGCAAUAAAAUAAUAGUAAAUACCUCUGACAAUCAUACAUCUCUCUGUUCCAUACCCCACUUGAUAUUUAUAUCAGAGCAUCACUGAAUGAAAUCAUCUCUGCUGUAAUCCCUUUGAAUGAAUUUUGUAUGACUUUGACACAUGCAUAAGAAAUCCCUCUUUAGAGAGCUUUUAAGGCAAUUUUUUGCUCUACUGAACCAAAUGCUUUAUUAUAGUCAACAGACAAUAAGCACAGUGAUAUGUUAUAUUUUCUAUACUUUUCAAUCAUUUGAACUAUAAAGAUGUGAUCUUCAAAAGAAUAAAAUUUACAAAACCUACCUAACUCCCUUCUUAUAUAUUCACCAAGGAUGUUCUAUGACUACUAACCUAAAAAGGUUGUAAAAAUGGGAACGUAGCUGAUGGUGCAGUUCUUAACCUAAUAAAACACUUUCAAGUGUUAUAAGUUAGCUAUUAUUUAGGCCUGUAGUUACUAAUAUUCUUUUAGUCACAUUUUUCUGGGAAAUAACAUGAGAUUUUCUCCAAACUUUUGGUAUCCAUCAUCUUUCAAAUCUCAUGCUAGGGUUAUCAAGUAAUGAUAUAGCUCCUAACCUCAAAAAAUACUCAUCCUAUAUGAGGGAGGAUAUCACAUAUACAUAGAUAUAUAAAAUAUAAGGACUUACUGCAGCAAAAGUAAGGAGAAUGGAGAAAGGCAAAGACCCAGAUUAAAUACUUUAGAGAAAUCUUGGAAGAGAAGAAUUUUAGCAGCUAAGAGGAAUUCAAGGAAGGUCAAAAUGAGAAGCUGCUUUUGAGCUGAGCCUUGAGGGAAGAUUUCUGUUGUUCAUUUGAUUCUUCAUUAUUCCAUUUAGGGUUUUCUUGGCAGAUAUACUGAAGUGGUCUGCCAUUUCCUUCUCCAGCUCAUUUUAUAGAUGAAGAAUCUAAGGGCAAAACCAGUUAAGUGGCUUGCCCAGGGUUACGAAGCAAAAUUUGAAUGCAAGUCUUCCUAAUACUAGACCUGGUGCUCUAUUGACUUUGUAAUAUAGCUGCCCUGGAAGGAUUCUGAAAAGUCAAACAUGAGAAGAGAGUUUAUUUCAGAAGAAUGCCAAAAGCAUAAGAUAGCAUGCCAAGUUUGGGUAAAAUUGAUAGCCCAGGUUGGAUAAAGUAUUGUAGUAAAGUGAAUUAAGUCUCGAAAAGUAGGACAGAACCAGAUUGUAGAAAGCCUUAAAGGCCAGGGUCAGGAAACUAUAUUUUAUCCUAUAGACAGCAGGGAACCACUGAUAUUUUUUGAGAAUGCAAAUAACAUGAUCAGAUUAUUUUGGUAGCUAUGUGAUUAGAGAGGAAAGAAACUGAAGGAAUGAACAUCAUUUAGGUUAUAGUAAUAUAAGCAAGAAGAGCUGAUGAUUAGGAUGCUGUUAGUAUAUGAGUAGUGAAAACAAGAUACAUAAGAUAUAAGGAUUGAAUAGAGGUUUUUAUCAUUUACUGGAUAUGCGACAGGGUACAAGAGAGACAAAAGUGACAUGUUUUAAACUGAAGUGACUAGAUAAUGGUGCUGUCAACAGACAAGAAUUUGGACACAGAAGGUUUUGGAGGUAGGAUUAUUAAUUAUUUUAGGACAUAUUGAAUUUGAGGUGUAGAUGAGCCAUCUAAACUAAUUUGAGAUGUGGAUGAGCCAUCUAAAUGAUGUUUAGCAUGAAGUUAAAAGAUGUGGAACUAAAGUUUAAUGGAAAGAUUAGGGUGGCUUUUGUAGAUUUUGAGAAUCAUUUGCAGAGGUGUGAGGUAGCAUGGCAGUGAAGAGAAAUUCCCAGAAUGUAGUCAUCAAUUAUAUUUUAUUAGAAAAAGGAAGAUUAAGAUGAAGACUGAGAAAAAAAUUGGAUUUGGUAAUUAAGGGAUAAGUGGCAAGCUAUGAGAAAACAGUUGUACAGUUCAAGGUCACAAGGAAUUACCUGUGAACAAUAAAGAUUCCAAAAACAGCAGGAACAUGCUGGACAGUGAAUGAAAACUCAGCAGCAACAGCAGUUUGGAGAUAGUAGCUAUCCCAAAGAGUUCCAAGGAAUAAAGAAAACAAAAAGUAAAUGUCCAGAAGUUCUUCUGUCUUUUAUAAGAGGGCCAGUAACCUGCAUUAUCAAUCAAUGCGUAGGGGGUUAAGCAGAAUACUUGGCACAUUUUACAUAAAGCUGAUCUAUGAUGAUCCAGAACUUGGGAGUCCUGAGCUAAACAAGGUCCUGUUCCCAUCUCCCUCCGGAGGAAAGUGCUGGGAGGGUCUGGGCACUCUGAUGGCAACUCCUGUACCCUUUAAAACAAAAUUCAGAGAAUCUGAUCUGUGCCCCACAACCUGGCAUAAUGGGAAGAUGCAAAGUUAAAACUUUGCAAAUUGUCCCCUGCGACCAGCAGCCACCAGGCAUCCCUCAGAGCGCCUGCUAUCCAGCUUCGGGUCAGCUAGUACUUGGAAAAGUCCCACAAAGGUUAAAACAAAACAAAACAAACACAAAAGAAAGGGAUCUGGCCUAGCCAGGACCUCUACUGCACGUCAAUCCCUCCAGGAGGAAGCCCACGCAAACUCGGCUUCCCACAAAGGCAUCUACCUUUGGGAAGAGCUAACCGCUAGGGUAAAGAACUCGCUGUCGCCGAAGGCGCUCCCAGAGGCCCAAACCACCUAGGUAGGAAGAAGGGAAAAGACUCCAUUUCCCGUGCGUCUGCGAGGCUACUCCCGUCAUUCCCCCACACCCUCCCUACCCCUCAAAAGCCCCAGCCCUCAUAUGAACCUGUUGCAGGCUAAAGCGGAAAUGCUUUCUGCACGCUUCAUUAGCUAAGCAUGCGCACUCCCUCCUUGCCGCCCACCCUGCCAAAUUCCCCAAGCAACCUACGGGACCCGCCCAAGGCUAAUUCAGCGGGUUCUGAAAAAGGAAGCAGAAAGGAGGAGCCUGGAGAGGACGGAGCCUCAGGGCCGGAAGAGGCCUCGGUUGCCUAGGGGACGCAGCCGGCACCGUGAACUCCUCUACUAAUUCCUCCGAGACUCCGUCGGCGAUUCUGUUUCCCAAACCCUCUUGUCCUGGGUGAAUGAAUCCCUCCGGCCGCUGGGCAUGUUCUCUUAGAUGGGGUUGGAUAGGACCUGAGAGCUGAGGAAGGGGUCCUUCGUGCCCCGACCAGGGACGCGGAAGGUUCCCGCCCCCUUCCCUGGUGGUGAAUCGCGGCUGGUUUGUGAAAAUUUGAAUCAUCAUUAUGGGAUUGCUGGACAAGCUGUCAGGCUUGCUUGGCCUGAAGAAGAAGGAAGUUCAUGUUCUGUGCCUUGGGCUGGAUAACAGUGGCAAAACUACCAUCAUUAACAAACUCAAACCUUCGAAUGCUCAAACUCAAGACAUAGUUCCAACAAUAGGCUUCAGUAUAGAGAAAUUCAAGACAUCGAGCUUGUCUUUCACAGUAUUUGACAUGUCAGGUCAAGGGAGAUAUAGAAACUUAUGGGAACAUUAUUACAAAGAAGGCCAGGCCAUUAUCUUUGUCAUUGAUAGUAGUGACAGAUUAAGAAUGGUUGUAGCCAAAGAAGAACUCGAUAUUCUCCUGAAUCAUCCAGAUAUUAAGAACCGCCGAAUACCAAUUUUAUUCUUUGCUAACAAAAUGGAUCUUAGAGAUGCAGUCACAUCUGUAAAAGUGUCUCAGUUGCUGUCUUUAGAGAACAUCAAAGAUAAACCAUGGCAUAUUUGUGCUAGUGAUGCCAUUAAGGGAGAAGGGCUGCAAGAAGGUGUGGACUGGCUACAAGAUCAGAUCCAAGCAGUGAAGACAUGAAAAGAUAAUGAUUAUAAGACACGAUGAUGUUCAUAAACUUCAACAGUUGUUUCAUUUCAAGGCAUGAUUUCUUAAAGCACAUUUUGUUUUUGUUUUUAAUUUUACACUUUGCCUCUGUGUGUGUUUAAGGAUAUCAUAUAUUAUUCUGUUUUGCCUCCAUGGACUUGAGAAGAAUCAGCUUUUUAUUUUUUAGCAAUAUAACUUCUCAGGUAUGCUGAGCCCCUGAAUUAUAUUCAGGCCAAAUCUUCCUUAGCAGGGACACUAAAAUAAUGAGUCCAUUAAAUGCCUGCAUUCAAUUUUAAUCAUUUUUUUGUUUUUUUAGUAUACAUAAAAGUAAAAUAUAUGCCAUCUCUGUCCUGGCUUAAUCUUUUUUUUUAAAUAUCUUUUAUUUUAAAAGGUGUCUCAUUUUUUGUAACUUAGUACAUGAUGGAACUUCAUGAAUUCUGUUUUUCAAGAGGAUUACAGAUGUUCAUAAGGGACUUUGGUUAUUAGUAUGUAUUUAAUUUGUUACUAAGCAUAACAUGUUAUCAUUAAUAAAAUAUGAAAUGAAUGUGUCAA